GCACAGAUAAACAGCAUGAAAUCAUUGCAACAGAAUCCGGCCUUUGUGGGUGACGAUGGACACAGCACAACCAGCACUUUGGCCAUGUCGUCAUUGCCAGGACAACCAGCAGAGACAAGAGAUGAUGCUGAGCACGCUGCGGGCAAAACGCCAACGGGACAAAAUGAACGCGACACCUGGGGUAAGGGUGUGGAGUUCCUAAUGUCCUGCAUAGCGAUGUCUGUCGGCCUGGGCAAUGUUUGGCGCUUUCCGUUCACAGCCCUCGACAAUGGAGGAGGCGCUUUCCUCAUACCAUAUCUCAUUGUGCUCUUUCUAAUUGGCAAACCCAUUUACUACCUGGAAAUGGUAAUUGGACAGUUUUCAAGCCGCGGAUCCGUUAAGGUCUUCGAUUUGUGCCCUGCAAUGAAAGGUGUUGGCGUUGGCCAGGCAUUCCAGGUGUUCAUGUUAAGCACAUAUUACGCCUCUCUGGUGGCCAUAUUCUGUCGAUACUUUGUCGACUCAUUUCACAACCCGUUGCCAUGGGCGACGUGCCGCGUGGAAUGGGGCGAGAACUGUAUUGAUUCAGCGCCAGGCGACAGCAAAAUCAAUUGGAAUCGUGGACUAAAUUCUCAAGCUGAUAAUGACUCAGAUCGCAUAACAUCCAGUUCGGAACUGUACUAUGUCAAAGAGGUUCUUCGCGAAAAGGAUCAAAUUGCUGAUGGCAUUGGGCUGCCCAACUGGGAACUUGUGAUUGGUCUGUUCGUCUCUUGGACGUGUGUCUUCCUCAUUAUUCGCCGUGGCGUCAAGAGCUCCGGCAAGGCAUCUUACUUCCUUGCCUUAUUUCCUUAUGUCAUAAUGGGCGUUCUUCUCGUUCGAGCUGUUACUUUGCCUGGCUCCCUCGAUGGGAUUUACUAUUUCAUCAAGCCGAAUUGGGAAAAGAUUUUGGACCCCAAAGUAUGGUAUGCCGCUGUCACGCAAUGCUUCUACUCUCUGUCCGUCUGUUUCGGCAACAUCAUAAUGUACUCCUCGUUCAACAAAUUUGGCCACAAUGUUCAUCGAGACGCAACAAUUGUGACAGCUUUGGAUACGGCCACUUCCCUCCUUGCGGGUUUCACCAUCUUUGGAAUCUUGGGUCAUUUAGCCCAUGAGAUCGGUACCGAAGACAUUGGCAAAGUGGUGAAGGGCGGGGCUGGACUGGCCUUCAUAUCGUAUCCUGAUGCCAUCGCAAAAUUCAAGCAGCUGCCGCAAAUCUUCUCCGUCCUCUUCUUCCUUAUGCUCUUCGUACUGGGUAUCGGCUCCAACAUAGCUAUGACCUCGUGUACGGUGACCGCUAUUCGGGAUCGUUUCCCCAACUUUAAGCAAUGGCAAUGCUCUUUGCUCAUUGCCGUCGUUAGUUUUCUCAUUGGUCUGAUGUACAUCACGCCGGGUGGUCAAUAUAUGCUUACGCUUGUCGACUUCUUUGGAGCCUCGAUGAUUGCCUUAGUUCUGGGGAUUGCUGAGCUGUACACUAUUGGCUGGAUCUAUGGCACAGAUCGACUUUGCAAAGACAUUGAGUUCAUGCUGGGUCGCAAGGUGGGACUCUACUGGCGACUUUGCUGGGGCGUCUUCACCCCGCUCAUCAUGACCGUAAUCCUGAUAUAUUUCUACGCCACCUACGAGCCACUCACCUAUAACAAUCAAUACUAUCCCGCCUGGGCUUAUGGGGUUGGUUGGUGUAUAACAGCCUUUGGAAUUGUACAGUUGCCAAUUUGGAUGAUUGUGGCCAUCAUUAGAGAGCCGGGCAGUACUCUGGGCGAAAAGGUGCGUGGUGCCUUCCGACCCAAAAAGAAUUGGGGACCCAUGGAUCCACUGCUUAGAGAACAGUACAACAAGGAAAUUCAGCACGAGCUGGUACCCAAACGAGGAAGGGGAUUUUGGGCCAGUAUCAGGCAGAAUAUCUUUGGUUAGGUUAAAUUUAGAUCUCCGAGCUCGCAAGUGGUGAAAAGAAUUUUAUAAAAGUGUGCAAAUAUGAAUUUAUUAACUGUGCCAAUUAAAUAUUUUUGAAAAAACAAUUUUCAUCAUUUGUCAUUCAAAGAAAUAUAAUUUUUAUUUUUAUAAUUUAUAGCCUGUUUCCACAUCACCAAAAGUUUGGGUAUUCCCCAUGUAUUUCAAUAUAUUUGAAAUGUCACAUUUGCCCCGUGUAAAAUCUCAUACAAAUAAGAAAAA